AUGACUUGGUGUAUGACAGCCUGCUUCAUGAGGAAGUUGACCCUUACUCAUCCAAGCAUGAAAAUGGACGUCUCUCCCAUCGUAGAUAAUUUCUCAGCAGCUUCUUUCUCUACCAUCAUUGCCUCAUUCAACUUGCCUCGACGACAAAGUAUCAACGCAAGAGUGUGUAGUGUCAUAACUAUCACUGCGUCUGAUGAUGUUGCGUCCGCAUCACGAAGUCUUUGUUCUCACCGCCUCCUCUGCCUCCUCUUGAGUAACGUAAUGUGGGCAAACAUCUCGCUUACAGAGCUUCUUGUCAUCUACUACGUGCGGGGGGUAUUUGGCACGAUUCGCUCGCAACAAAUCAAAGGGAUUAAGGUCAGAUCUUCGUUCCAUAUUGUGGUUUCGCCGGGUGUCAAUUGCCAAAGCGCGGGGAAAUGA